CUCCACAAACCGGACAUCGGUCGAAAGCAACAAAUACCGUUUUCGAUUGCGCCAAUCAGCUCAGCCCCGACAGGGCACUGAGAGCGACCCUGAGACAGAGAGAUGUACCUGAAGAAGCCUCUGUGGAGCGAGGCGGUGAAGAGGACCGCCUCCCCCACGGCGGAGGAUUCCGAUCAGUCCUCGCCCCUCACGGUGGUGGAGGAUCUGGUCAGCUCCUUGACCGACCAGAGAGUCUACAGGGAGGUCACCCUCGCCCUGCGGACCGGCCUCCGCGACGCUCGUGCCGAGUUCUCCUUCCUCCGGGUCCGUGGCCUCCGCGGCCUCCUCAAGUUCCUGCGAUCCGUCUCUGAAUCCGAUUCCGCUAUCCACCUCUUCUCUCAGAGCCAGUCCGUUCCCGAGCUCCAAGUCGUCCCUGUUCUGUUCCGACAUUCACUGAGAGACUCGGAAGAAGACAGUGUUGCGAGUUUGGAUCAUAUAUUCAGUGUCGAGCCUAUGAAGAAAACGAGUCCUUCUACUGACGCUGAAGUUGCUCUAGCUCUUCGUGUUUUGGAAGGCUGCUGUCUUCUUCACAGGGAAAGCACCAUCUUGGCCCAUCGGCACAAGGCCAUUCCAGUUUUGAUGAAUAUCUUAUCCACCCGAGGAGUGGCAGAACAAGAUGCUUGCUUGGAUGCUCUUAUUUCAAUCAUGUUAGAUUCUUCAGCCAAUCAAAUGGAUUUUGAAUCAUGUAAUGGCAUCGAGGAAGUUGCAGAGCUCUUAAGGGACAAACAAGUGGAUGAAAAUCUCAGAUUGAAGUGUGGAGAGUUCUUACUUCUCCUCAUUGGGCAUGUAAACGGGAGGGAUAAGUCCCCAAUGGCAACUAUACAUGAGGAUGUGAGACGACUUCUAGGGGAAAAAUCCGCAUCCUUAGUAUGGGCAGCAAGUCAAUUUGGAUCAACCCUCAAUCCCGAGCAGAGACUAACAGCUCUCCACAUUCAAGCUCGCAGGGUCCUCGAGUCACUUGACAUGUACUAAAGCUCCAUGUGAGACACUUGCUCUUUAACCAGAAGCUGAUGAUAUAUUUUCAUCCGAAGGUUCUCUGUAAUUGUUUAUGGUUCUAUACAAAUUACACUCUGAUACUGAAUUCUGAAGUCCUUCUCAUGUGAACUGUUAAGCUCUGCAAAGUGCUGUAUAUUUCUUCAGUUC